AUGCAGCUGCAUCGGAUACCACAUCCCGCACUGGCCACUGGCCCUGAGGAUGACUGGAGCGGAGUGAGCAGUCGAGUUAUACGGCGCCGAGUGCAAAAUCGCCUCAACCAGAGAGCCUAUCGGUUGCGUCAACGAAAAAAUGGCAAUUCAUCGGGAGCCGCAAACAACAUCCACAACGUAUCAUCAUUGAACUCUCCUAUCCCCCCCUCGGGCACGGUUACAUGUAGACUAUCCAAGACUGAACAUCUCCAAUGCACAUUUGCUCCUCCAGAUGUCCACGAACUGAUGGCCGACUUCGAAGCUGGGGCUUUGCAUAGCUAUCUGGGCGGAUCGCCACAGACCGACAUGCUCCUGAAUUUAAGCAGAAUGAAUGUUCUUCGGGCGGCCUACCAGAAUGCUAUUGUUCUGGGCAUGCCUGCCGAAUGGCUGUGCUUGGAUGAUACUAUAUCCAUCUUCUCCGCUCAUGGUCCCCAUAUCAUCCCCAAUGGUCAGAUGAGCAUUCCCCCAAGUUUACGCCCUACAGCCCUACAGCGUGCGAUUCCACAUCACCCAUGGCUUGAUGUCUUCCCGUUCCCGAGCAUGAGAGACAAUCUCAUCCGAGCAGGCGAUGAUCUUGAUGAUGAUGAACUGUGCCAUGAUUUAACGGCUUUCUGGGAUACGCGCAGCAGUAACGCCACACUCCUCGUAUGGGGAACACCCUGGGAUCCGCAGAACUGGGAGGUUACUGAGGAUUUUGCUAUGAAGUGGGGGAGUUUUCUUCGAGGGUGUCCGGAAAUUCUGCGAUCAACAAACAGUUGGAGGGCUAGGAGAGGGGAGAGACCUCUGGUAUGGGAGCGCAUCUUUACUUUCGGCGAUACAUGA